UCAGCUGCUGUGGGAUGCCCCCUCGCUGACCAUCUCUGGCCCGCGCAAUCCCGCGUAGACACGCCCGGUCCGACCCCGCGCCACCAUGUAAACGGCGCCCGCAGGCGGACGCUGGCUUCUCUCCCUGGGACCCCGCCGCCCUGCCCUGGGCCCGGGGCCCUCGAUGAGGACACAUCAUGCUGACUGGGGUGACCGACGGGAUCUUCUGCUGCCUGCUGGGUGCUCCACCCAACGCAGUGGGGCCACUGGAGAGCGUUGAGUCCAGUGAUGGCUACACCUUCGUGGAGGUCAAGCCUGGCCGCGUGCUGCGGGUGAAGCAUGCCGGACCCGCUCCGGCCCCCACCCCACCUCCGCCAUUGUCUGAGGCAGCCCAUGGGGACCGGUCCGGCUUGGUCCGCUGCCAGCGCCGAAUCACUGUGUACCGCAACGGGCGUUUACUGGUAGAGAACCUGGGCCGGGCACCGCGAGCUGACCUUCUGCAUGGGCAGAAUGGCUCUGGGGAGCCACCAGCCUCUCUAGAGGUGGAGCUGGCAGACCCGGCGGGCAGCGAUGGCCGCUCGGGCCCUGUCAACACCGGGAGUGGCAGUGGCGGACGACGGCGGCGAGCCCGGCGCCCCAAGCGGACCAUCCACAUUGACUGCGAGAAGCGCAUCACCAGCUGCAAGGGCACCCAGGCAGAUGUGGUGCUCUUUUUCAUCCACGGUGUCGGUGGCUCCCUGGCCAUCUGGAAGGAGCAACUGGACUUCUUUGUGCGCCUGGGCUAUGAGGUGGUGGCACCAGAUCUGGCUGGUCAUGGGGCCAGUUCAGCGCCCCAGGUGGCUGCAGCCUAUACCUUCUAUGCGCUGGCAGAGGACAUGCGCGCCAUCUUCAAGCGCUAUGCCAAGAAGAGAAAUGUGCUCAUUGGGCAUUCCUACGGUGUCUCUUUCUGCACGUUCCUGGCGCACGAGUACCCAGACCUCGUGCACAAGGUGAUCAUGAUCAACGGCGGGGGCCCUACGGCACUGGAGCCCAGCUUCUGCUCCAUCUUCAACAUGCCCACAUGUGUCCUGCACUGCCUGUCGCCGUGCCUGGCUUGGAGCUUCCUCAAGGCUGGCUUUGCCCGCCAAGGGGCCAAAGAGAAACAGCUCCUGAAGGAGGGCAAUGCAUUCAACGUGUCGUCCUUCGUGCUGCGGGCCAUGAUGAGUGGCCAGUAUUGGCCUGAGGGCGACGAGGUCUACCAUGCUGAGCUUACUGUGCCUGUCCUGCUCGUCCAUGGCAUGCAUGACAAGUUUGUGCCGGUGGAGGAAGACCAGCGCAUGGCUGAGAUCUUGCUCCUGGCCUUCCUGAAGCUCAUAGACGAAGGCAGCCACAUGGUGAUGCUCGAGUGCCCUGAGACAGUCAACACGUUGCUCCACGAAUUUCUGCUUUGGGAGCCCGAGCCCCCGCCCAACGCCCUGCCGGCACCCCUGCCUGUACCCCUGGAGGAAAAGAAGUAGCCGCUGGGCCAGUGGGGCAUCACAAAUGAGCAGGAGGCUGAGAGCCCAUGGUGCCGGGUCUGCAGCGGACCACCUGGGCAGGCAGUCGCCCUGGUGGGCGGGGUCAGGCCUGGCGAUGCCUCAGGCUGGCUGGGCUGGGCGUGACAUUUAAGGGAGCCAGGUGGACACACCCCACUCUGCUUGCGUCCUCCAGGGCCCACUCGGCUGUAGCAGAGACCGCUGCCGAGGAUGACCUUGUACAGAAGCCCCGCUCUCCACCAAAGCCAUGGCCAUGGCCAAGGUGGCGCCCACCCCACUCUGUCUUACAUGAAGCCGUGCUUGGCCCAGGGACCCUCGGGGCCCCAUUGCCCGAGGCGCCCCACCCCCAUUCCCUGGCGCUGGUAGCUUUUGUUGCCCAAG